AAGAAUGGGAUAAAAACAAAAAAAAAUUAAUGUGUGCUUCCAACAUAUCAAGAAAAGAAUGAGGGCAGCUGGUCACCAUUGCUUGAGUUCAAGAUUACACUCUAGAAGCAAGUUAGAUGUAAACUCUUAAUUUCUCAGCUCCAAUAAGCAUCUCUUUUUGAGAAAUUUCCAGAAAAGGAGUUCAUUGAAGAAAAGAUGUGCUUCUGGAAUCAACUGCAGUCUCUUUUCUACCGAAAGAGCUCAUAAGGCUACUAGCAGCAUGAAGCAAACGAAGCAGAAAGCUCAUCUACAGGUCACAAAAUAAAGACAUGGAGUUCUGAGGAGUGAGGGUAGCAUGGUGUCGGCCAUGGGUGAUCAAGACACAGCUGGACAAUGUGGACCCAUUUCUCUAAACUACGAAUUUUCUGCUAUCUGUUUGCAGUAUUGAUGGUAGUGGUGCUGGUCAUCAAUGUUACUCAGAUAGAGUAUUUAGACCAUGAGACCAUUUCAGCCACAUUCAUCGACAGCAGUGGGCAGUUUGCUUCCUCCCAGCUGACAGUAGUUAGCCGGAAUCCCUACUGUGGCUAUGAGCACCAGACUCUGUCCAGCCGGGAGCGUGUGGAGGAGGACUCGUUGCUGGCUGCCUUGCAGUGGCAGGUGCCUGACAUGGGCCUGGUCCCAUUUGUGAAGAGCACUGACCCUUCUUCCAGCUACUUUGUCAUCUUGAACUCUGCAGCCUACUUUGAGGUGGGAAGCCAGUUGGAGGUGCUGGUUCAUGUUCAUGAUUUUCAAAGAAAGCCCAAGAAGUAUGGUGGAGACUACCUGCAGGCCAGAAUCCACUCUCCUAGGCUACAGGCAGGCGCUGUGGGCAGAGUAGUAGACUACCAGAAUGGGUUUUACAAGGUGUUUUUUACUUUGCUCUGGCCAGGCAGAGUUAAAGUGUCUGUAUCUCUGGUCCACCCCAGUGAAGGAAUCAGAGUUCUUCAGCACUUACAGGAAGAGAAACCAGACAGGGUCUAUUUCAAGAGUCUCUUCCGUUCAGGAAGAAUUUCUGAAACCACUGAGUGCAACGUUUGUCUUCCUGGGAGUCUGCCCUUAUGUAACUUUACAGAUCUCUACACUGGAGAGCCUUGGUUCUGCUUCAAACCAAAGAAGCUCCCUUGCAGCAGCAGAAUUAAUCAUUUCAAAGGUGGCUACCUGAAGGGCCUCCUAACAGCAGCAGAGAGUGCUUUCUUCCAGAGUGGUGUCAAUAUCAAAAUGCCAAUCAACUCCAGUGGACCUGAUUGGGUGACUGUGAUUCCCAGGAGAAUAAAAGAAAUUAACAACCUAGAACUAUCUCAAGGCUCAGGAACUUUUCCUUCUGGGUAUUAUUACAAAGACCAGUGGAGGCCCAGAAAGUUUAAGAUGCGCCGGUUUAAUGACCCUGACAACAUUACGGAGUGCUUACAAAGAAAAAUGGUGUAUUUAUUUGGUGACUCAACAAUCAGGCAAUGGUUUGAAUACCUCACUACUUUUGUCCCAGAUUUAGUGGAAUUUAACUUGGGUAGUCCCAAGAAUGUGGGUCCCUUCCUCGCAGUGGACCAGAAGCACAACAUCCUGCUUAAGUACCGCUGCCAUGGUCCACCCAUUCGCUUCACCACCGUCUUCAGCAAUGAACUCCGUUAUGUGGCAAAUGAGCUGAACGGCAUCGUGGGAGGAAAGAACACAGUGGUUGCCAUAGCGAUAUGGUCUCAUUUUAGCACCUUCCCCUUAGAAGUAUACAUCCGGCGGCUCAGGAACAUCCGUCGAGCAGUGGUCCAGCUCCUGGAUCGAAGCCCUAAGACUGUAGUGGUCAUCCGGACAGCCAAUGCUCAAGAGUUGGGGCCUGAGGUGAGCCUUUUCAACAGCGACUGGUACAACUUUCAACUGGACACGAUCCUUCGGAGGAUGUUCUCAGGGGUUGGAGUGUAUCUUGUUGAUGCCUGGGAGAUGACCCUAGCCCAUUACCUACCCCACAAGCUGCAUCCAGAUGAAGUGAUAGUGAAGAACCAGCUGGACAUGUUCUUGUCUUUUGUCUGCCCUUUGGAGACCUAGCCUGUCCUGAAGGGGACUGGAGGAGUGACAUUCUGUGACCUUCCCAACUUACCUGUGUAAUUAAUAGUUUAAGGGUCACCCACUUGAGAGUUGGCUGCCAUUAAUAUGUACAAAAUUCCAAAAAGAGCUGGACUUUAUAUAAUGACUUGUAAGGAACUUUGAAAAUGCAGAAUACAUUUAUAACUACCUAUUCCAAUCUUAGCCAUGGUAGAACACUUAUUAACAACGUCUAUACACUCUGUUGCCCUUAUAACCAAAGAUACUUUGAGUGUAUUUGAACUAACUUCUCUGGGAAGAAAGAUUGCUGGGCUAAAGAGGAAGAAUGUCCUGAAGUAAAUGGAAGGGACAAGUUUGGUUGGCAGUAAAGUGGAGCUUAUCCAGUAAAGGAAAGGGCAUCUCCAUGACUAACACAAGUGGUCCACUUCUGGAAUGAGCUUACUGUCAGAGCGCCUGUGAACUGCCAAAGUCUGCUGUCCUCAGGAUUGUCUCUUGAUUUACGUUUUAUGAAUUGCUCAAAAAGGCCAGCGUGUUUGGUCAGAAUUUUAUAGUGAGAAUGUUUAUAAUUUCCUGCAUUUAUUGAGAAGUGAGGCAAAUGGCAAAUACGAAAGCAGUAUAUAUAUAGAAAUCCGUGCUAUGAAUUGAUAUUUACACUGGGUGACUGUUGGUUGAGUCAGCUGCAUUUUAUGUGAUGAAUACUUAUUCUAAGAAAACCACUUUUGGAACUAGAAGAGGAUAAAUGGAAAUUUAUUUUUAUGUAGUAAAGUUUGAGGAUUUUAAGAAUUGGCUUUUAUGUAAAGAAUGCUAUUGAUUAUUAUAAAGUUGUGGAAAAAUUUCCCACUCA